AUGCCUGAAGACAAAAAUUCUAUUAAAUAUCGAAUUUGGCGUUUAGUUACAUCCACGCCUUUUGAAUAUUUUAUUAUGGCAAUGAUUGUAUUAAAUACAUUAAUUUUAAUGAUGAAAUACCACGGAAUAUUUAACACAGCAUUAACGGCUGUUUUUACCGUCGAAUCCAUCCUAAAAAUUUUGGCUUUUGGCGUUAGAAAUUAUUUUAAAGAUGGAUGGAACAGAUUUGAUUUUAUCACUGUUGUUGGGUCUAUAACUGAUGCGUUGGUUACUGAAUUUGGGGGCCAUUUUGUUUCUUUAGGGUUUUUACGUCUUUUUCGGGCAGCUCGUUUAAUUCGCCUUCUUCAACAAGGAUAUACAAUUCGAAUACUUUUAUGGACUUUUGUUCAAUCAUUUAAAGCUUUACCUUAUGUUUUUUGUUAAUUGGGAUGCUUUUCUUUAUUUACGCUAUUGUUGGAAUGCAGGCAAAAAAUUAUUAUA